AUGACGUAUACUAUACUGGAAUUGGCCGCAAGUUCGAUCCAAUCGAUGGAGACAACCACAAUGCCCAUGUCAAGUAUCUUCACUGCCCCUGCCUCAUGCGUGAGCUCGUGGACAUACGAACCACAGGCUGCAAACAAUGUCUUCAAUGGUCUCCUAAUGCAAAAUGUCGCCACAAACGACAAUGCCGAUCCUGCGUGUUUCCCGGAGGGAUACAUUCAGUAUGGAAGAGUUCGGCCAACUGUCGCCUACAGUCCAGGUUAUUGUCCAAGUGGAUACACCUCAGCCGAUUUAAAGAUUUGCAGUCCGACAACUACUGCUAUGUGCUUUCCCUCGCUUUUGGUUACCGGCUGGUAUAUUGACUUUGAGGCUCUAGUGACUUCUCCUACUAUGAGGAAAAGGGACUCGCAAACGACAUUCGCCGGAUGUAUAAGCAACUUCCCUAGUUCCUCAUCUACCAUUGUCACAGCUCGCCAGGUUGAGAAAGAGAGCACACAAGUCGUUGGCCCGAUCACGAUGUGGGGACAAGCAAUCCAAAUCCAGCUACAAGAUUCAGACAGCAGCCUAUUUGUCUCCACCACUACAACUACGACUGAAACACCAUUAUCUGAUAAACCUUCCGACACGGCAACCGCAUCAGUAUCAGCAUCUUCAUCCCCACAGACAAGUCCAAUAACCUCAGCUGUCCUAGAUAUCCCACAACCAGCAGACCCAAGUCCCGCAGCUCCAAAUCCUGGAGCGCCAGACACAGGCACAGACACAAGCGGCCUGUCGACAGGAGCAAAAAUUGGCGUUGGCGUCGGUGCCGGCGCAGCAGGGCUCAUUGUACUCCGUACUCGUUGCGCUAUUAUUCUGGUUCUUCCGUCGGCGCUAGACAAAAGGGCAGGAGAUACAACAUCCUCAUACGAAGGGAGCCACCCCGAAAUCAGCGAGCUUGGCGGAAGUUCUCAGGCCGAUCCCAACACAUUAUACCAACACUCGGUAAACGGAACAUUAAGUGAGCUUGAUGGGAGCUCGCAGGUUGGAAUGUCUACCAUUGUGGCGGACACACGCACGACGGGUCCUACCGAACUACACGCAGCAAAUCCCGGCCCGAAGUUCGUACAUGAACUUAGCGCUUAG